AAAACGUGGCUGCUAGUGAUUAGAGCAGGUAGCAUAAUGUAAAGGGCUCAGGGCUGCCCAGCAUGUCAGGUAUUAACAGAGCGAGUGUGAUUAAAUGUGGGAGGUAGGAGCUGUGAGGCUGGCGGAGAGCGCUGCUGCCGCUGCGAGCUGGAAACUACUGAAUGGGAAUCUAUCCGGCAACUUCAUCAGACCGCUGUCUCUCGGCGACACGGGACUGCGUAAAACCAAGCGGCGCGUCUCCAAGUCUGGGUCAGCCCAACUCACAGACGAAGAGGACGCUCAAGUUGGAUCGGGCGAGCAGCUUUUCACUUGUUACCGGCGCUCGGCUCCCACUAACAUGCCUGCCAUCAAGAAGGAGAGGCUGGAUGGAGACGACAUGGCAUUGACUGCGUUCAACCCCUCCGAAUACUUGGCCCCUUUAAAUGCCACCGCUAUCCCCGUGGUGACCCCGCAUCCGCCGCCCUACGACCACAUUUUCGCCCAUCACCGCGCGUACUUGGGGCUCCACGACUCGCCGCUGCAUCACCAGCACCUCCACCAUCACACGGACGACUUAAUGGUAGAGAGGUUUUCCUCCAUCCCCGACUUUCAGCCCUUCUUCGACAACGGGGAGCCUUGCAUCGAGGUGGAGUGCGGGGAAAACAAGGCUUUGCUUUAUAUCAAUAAACUGUGUCAAGGUAGUAAGGGACCUUCAAUUAAAUACAGGGGCGAGUGGCUCACCCCCAAUGAGUUCCAGUUUGUCAGUGGACGGGAGACUGCCAAAGAUUGGAAACGGAGUAUCAGACACAAAGGAAAAAGUCUCAAGACUCUUAUGUCCAAAGGAAUCUUACAGGUGCACCCACCCAUCUGUGAUUGUCCUGGUUGUCGAAUUUCAUCCCCAGUGAACCGCGGGCGUUUGGCAGAGAAGCGCACCAUCCCCCUACCACCCAACCGGGUGCCCAAGAAGGAGCUGGCCUCCAUUUUCAGCAGUGACGACAGUGAAGGCAGCGACCGGGCCAGUGGGGAUCAUGCUCACAUCAAGCAGGAGGAUGAGCUGCAUUACAGUAUCAUGAGAAAGAGUCGUGACAGUGACCUCUCUACAAUUAUCUCCAACCUGCACCACACCAGACAGCACGGCAUGCCCGAAGGCCAGUCCGCCUCUGACCACGGCACCAGUACUGGACACACAGAUGACCUUCUAGGCAAGAGGAGAAGCUUCUCUCCCAACAGCAGCAGCGAGUGUCCCUCUGAAAACAAGAAGUCACGCAGCGUAUCCCCCAAAGAAAACUCCCAGAGCCCAGGGGUGGAGGCAGGCGGCAGCCACGGCCACAUGAGCCCUGAGGAGCAUUACAGGCGCAUGAUGUCAGCGCUCAGCGAGCAAGGGUCCUAUGAGGAGCAGCAGCAACGCCUCUACCAGCUAGCAAGCAGCAUGGGUCUGCCCGGCCACGACAUGCUGCGCGCUCGCCAGGAAGCUCUGGCUGCGGCGGUGAGGAAUCCAGCGGCCUUAGAAGCUCACCUGCCCUCGGCGGGAAGCUCUUCUUCAUCCAGCCAGAGACGCAAGCAGGGCCUGCCUCAGCACCGGGACGCGCAUUACACCGACAGAGAAAUGUCCCAUCCUCCACCCCUACUGUCCCCUCCAACUGCUCCUCACAGCCUAGGACCUCACUUGCGGCCUCUCCUUGGCAUGCCCUCUGCUCUUUGCCAAGCCCCUGGUUAUGGUUUCCUUCAACCAGCUCAAGCCGAGAUCUUUGCACGACAACAGGAGCUCUUGAGAAAACAGAAUCUAGCCAGACUUGAGAUGUCAGCAGAGCUGCUGAGACAGAAAGAGUUGGAAAAUCUCACCAGCACAGAGCAGCAGCAGCAGCGUCUCCUGGGCUCUGACCCUGGAGUUCUACCUCCUGGCAUUCCUCCCGACCAUCCAGCAUUGCGGAGUCUCCACGACAUCCCAGAGGGCCAUCCUCUCCGCGAGGAACUGGCCCGCCGCUCGAAUGCUAUGCUGGUGCUUCGCCACGGAGCCACCACACCCCUCCUAACCCUCAACCACCAACAGCAAACAACCAGGGCAUCGUCCACACCCAACACCCAGGCGCAGAGCUCCACUGCUGGCCCAGAUGCCGAAUCCAGAAAGAUAGCCCGCAGGGGCCAGACACAAAUCCGCGGUGGGGAUCAUAGAGAAGGAAGAGAGGACAGAGGAAGGGAGGGAGACAUGGAAGUGCACGAGGAGGAAAUGAAGGACUCAGACAGCGAGACAGAGAUGUGCGAUGAGAGGUUGGAGAGAGUCGGUGCCAAGUCCAGCAGUAAACCCAAGGACAGGGGUAAAGACACUGGCAGCAAGGGAGUGUGUGACAGUGCCAAGGAGACUGUAGAGAGCUCAGGCAGGCUGAGUGCUCCUGUAGUUCUGCAGGUACAGAGUCACCCAGUCGCCCACCUUUUUACCCCUGGACUGGGCAAGGCUGAUCUCAAGUACCACCUGCCACCAGGUUUGCCACCACUACCUGCUCUUCAUGCCCAGUCAUUUCCCUUUGGAUUCCCGUACGCCAACCCUUAUUUUCACACGGGCUCUUUGGGAGGUCUUUUCAUGGAUGGGGAGGACUCAGCCACAGCAAACCCUGUGGAGGACAUCAGCAAGUGGAGUGUGGAGGAUGUGUGCGGCUUCAUAAGCACUGCAGGAUGUGCUGAAUACACACAGGUGUUUCGGGAGCAUGCCAUUGAUGGAGAGACAUUGCCACUGCUCACUGAGGAGCACCUGCUCAACACCAUGGUUAAGCUGGGGCCUGCACUCAAGAUCCGCUCACAGGUGGCACGCCGCGUUGGAAGGCUUUUCUACAUGACAGGAUUCCCGCUGGCGUUCCCGUUUCCACCGUCUGCUGCCCUGCGACCCCCGGAACGCGAUCGGGAACCCCCCCUGACAACACCAUCUGACACACCCCUGCCCCUCUCCCUUUCUGUGCCACACCGACCCCACUUCACCAGCAGCAGUUCCUCCCCUUACAGUGGCCCCACCCCAGGGUGCUCCUCCCCCAAGCAGGAAAACGGCAAUGUCUCCACAGUGGUCGGACGAUAUGAGGCCAAAACACCCCUCAUAGGAGGCGUGCAGGAAGGGGUGAAGGAAGGAAAGACUAUCUCAUGAAUGGGGAUGAAAAAAGGGUUCAACGUGAAGCAGACUGACCUCUCAUCACCUUCACCUUUGAGCUAAAAUUUAUAGGAAAAAUAACAGACUUUACUAAAAAAAAAAAGACAACUGGACAAUAUGGACCGUAUCCGAGAAACCAAUCAGCUGAGUUCCUCUGCAGGGGCUGUAGCCGAGCAGAAUCCCAAAGAAACUGGGUUGGAAGGGAGAAACGUGAAGCGACAGAGAAAGACGGAGACAGCUGGUCACAGCAAGCCUGCCAAAAAAAAUGGAGCAAAGCCCCGCCACAAAUGCGACAUUCUUGCAAGUCAGACAGUCAGACGCUAGCAGAAACUCUUCCUUCCUUCCUGGGCUGGAGGAAGCUCUGCUCACUCACUCUUUUUCUUUAGUUUCUGUAUCUCUGACUGCUCUCACCCCAAGCCCUGCAAAAGCCCAAGGAAUGAAAAAAAAGAGACAUCUCUCCCUCCCUCCCCACCUGCUUCCCUGAGGCCAAACAGCAGCGUGGUGCUGUGUUUUUAGAGGCUGGAGUUGAAACAUAUGCUGAGCAGCACUAGAUCUGACCAGCUUCCUCUAUCACUGCAACUAUGCAUUCCACUGUCCCGAUACCAAAGAUGACCGGAUGUGUGGAAUUGAAACCAUGUUUCACAAAGUGUCCUGCGCUUCUUUUGCAUUAACGGUCAAACAGGGGAAUGCUAGGCUAGUGCCUCACACAAUGGACUCUAUUUGAGAGAACACAGGUAGAGGUGUCAUUUACUGACAAACGAAGGCUUAUAAAAUGUUUAAGAAAUGGAGAAGCCUCAAUAGCAGCUGUGGUUUGUACCCCCCUUAUGUCAUUGUACGCUUGUGUUGACUACUGUGGGAGGUAGGAAAAACAUGCAAAAUUGUACAGAAUCAUGCUUAAGAUGAAAAUAUCCUGAAGAUUACAUACGUGGUACUUUUACUUUUGCUAAAUGUAGUUGCACGAAUAAGGUUUUCUUUACUGAAAAAUGUGACUUGCUGAA